AUGGCCGAUGGUGCCUUUCGGUUCCAAGGAGCCGGCCAGUAUUUCUACCAACCACAGUCGCAGCGUCAGCUUCAGACUCGUCACGGCUCGCCCAUUACCACCUCGCAGCGCAUCCCUUUCCAUACUCAAGACACGCCUUCACCCAACCGCUCCCCCGGCGCCAAUUCGCCCGCCUUUAACAUGUUUAAUCAACAUGGCAUCCUAAACGGCCAAAGUCACCAGCGCUUUCAGAUGCACAUGAAUAUGACCAAGCAAUUCGGCCAGCAACAGCAGUCGCAGCAGAAUUUGCAGACACACCACCAAAAUCAAGCCCACUCUCAUCAGCAGCAGCAACCCCAUCACACCCAACACCAGCAACACCACGAUGCCUUCGCUUCUCACUCGCACAAUCUCUCCAGCUCAACGCCGCACUUCACUCCCAGUCACAUGCAGAGCCAGACUCCGCUUAGCACCCACAGCCAACUCAGCAAGCCUACCAGUGAACAUUGGCAGGAGCAGCUGCGCCUGGCCCAAGCUUCGCGUGACGCUGCACAACCCCACCACUACGCCAGAAAUGCACAUGUUGCCAGUCGGCAGGCAAUUGCCCAAUUGGGGCCCGGUGCUAGGAAGACCGAGGAGAACAAGGAGGAGCGUGGGAGGAGAAUGCCCUAUCACGAUGAGAAGCACCCUUUUACUGCCCUUGACUUUGGUGGUCAGGGUCUGCGUGCUCUCGCGAACGGACUAUUCAAAUACUACUUCCUCGAAAAGCUCUACGUUAACCAGAACAAGCUCAACUGGCUGGUGCCCGACAUCGGUUUGCUACGCCGACUCACCUUCCUCGACCUUUCACAAAAUGCCCUCGAGGUCAUCCCGCCAGAGAUUGGUAUGUUGACCAACCUUCGUACGCUUCUUCUCAUCGACAACAAACUCGUGGAUCUGCCUAGCGAGUUGGGCUACCUUUAUCAGCUGGAGGUUCUCGGACUCGAAGGUAAUCCUCUGAACGAAAACAUCAUGGAUAUCAUCGCCGAGUCAGGUACUGGAGAACUCAUCCGCACCCUACGUGAGCACGCCCAAGGCCCGGAACCGCCGAACGAGCGUGACUGGAUUGUCCUCGACGAGGCUCCUGCCGGCGAGCAAGAACGGUUCAUGGUUUACAGUCACAACAUUCUCUGCGACAAAUACACGACUGAAGCUCAAUACGGUUACGCGCCCUCACACGCUCUACUCUGGGAGAACCGCAGAGAGGUUCUUCUGGGAGAGAUCAGACAACGCCGAGCCGACAUCAUUUGUCUGCAAGAGAUCGACGCUGAAAGCUUCAACGAAUACUUCCGUCCUGAACUUGCCCGCGACGACUACAGGGGAAUGUUCUGGCAAAAGUCACGCGCCCACACGAUGUCGGAGAAGAAUGCCAAACUGGUCGAUGGCUGCGCCACUUUCUACAACAACACUAAGUACAUUCUGCUUGACAAGCAGGUUGUUGAGUUUGGACGCACAGCUAUCAACCGUCCUGAUAUGAAGGGCGAGCACGACAUCUUCAACCGUGUCAUGACUCGUGACGACAUUGCUACUGUAGCCUUCUUGGAGAGCCGUCAAACUGGUGCCCGACAGAUGGUGGUCAAUCUUCACUUGUUCUGGGACCCUCAAUUCAAGGAUGUCAAGGUCGUUCAAGUUGCUAUUCUGUUAGAGCAGCUUAAUCGUCUGAGCAGAGACUACGCCAAGUGGCCCGCACUCAAAGACAAGGAGCUCUUCCGCUACGCCAAUGGCGAUGAAGUGGAUGAAGAACCUGUCGAGAAAGCACCACCUGCACCUUCGCAAGAAUACGCGUCCAACACUGAUAUCCCGCUGAUCAUCUGUGGUGAUUUCAACAGUACUUCCGAAAGUGGUGUGUACGAUUUGUUGGCACAUGGCUCGCUCUCAUCUUCGCAUGACGAUUUGGCCGGCCGCAAGUAUGGUAACUUCACAAAGGAGGGUAUGACCCAUCCUUUCAGUCUCAAGUCCUCAUACUCUCACAUUGGUGAGCUCGAGUUCACCAACUACACACCUACCUUUGUGGGCUGCAUCGACUACAUCUGGUAUUCGACCAACGCCUUGAACGUCACCGGUCUCCUCGGAGAAAUCGACAAGCAAUACCUCAGCCGCGUACCUGGAUUCCCUCACAUUUACCAUCCCUCUGACCACAUUAGUCUAGUGGCCGAGUUUGCGGUGAAGGUCAGAAAGGAGUCCAAGAGGGCGGAAGCAGAUUUCGGGCACGGUUCGCAUGAUCAUAGGCAUCGAUAG